CGUACUCAUAUGAAACUCUUCUCAGCCAAAGUCCCAUCAUAACUUCCAGACCCAUCAGCGCCACUUCCAACCUAGUCAUACACUAGUCGAGAUUGUGCUUCUCAUCGCGGAGGCUCAAGCAGCGAAAAAUUCCCCGAUGCCGAGACAUCCUGACUCUGAUGAGAUUUUACUUGGUUGCAAAAGCUCAGAGCCGGGACACUGUUCGGCGCUUCCAAAAAAAAGCUAUGGUCCAGGUCGAUUCGAAAAAUAUGUGGCAAUUUCCAUACGGAUUGAAGACGAGCGGCAGCCUUUCCGGCCAGAGUUGGGCAAUUUUCCGAGGCGAUGUUGAGCUUGCUCAGCUCGCCCUAGUUGAGUACAACAUAUCCAAUGAGACCAUGAUCGACGUUCUUCGGGGGACCAGAGCCACGAAGAUGCCUCAAGAUCCGCUUGAUGAGCGGCCUCGUCAUUUUUCAUGGGUAACAUCUCGGAGGUUCGAGAUGGAGUCAUACAUGACACCGGCCAUGUUAGCCGUCUUGCCCAAAAGUAUCGAUAUGCUGAAGCUCGUACACCAGACCUGGGACUCAGUCUUCACCGUGUACAAUUCGAGGGUUCACUGGGCGUUUCCAGACCAAAGCUCUUGACGAAACACGCAAGGGAUCUGAGGGUUACACAUGAGCUCUGCGGCUUACGCGGCUUGACUUGGUCCAGCUCUUGGUCGAGGCUGGAGUCACAGUUUACCGGCCGUAUAUGUGAGAAGGUUUUGAGGGCCAACACAACCACAACAUGAAUCUGGUAGUUGGUUUCCGCCAGUGACGCCGUUCUUGUACCCA